AGUUUAAACAAGUAAAAACUCUUAUCACUGCAGAACAGACAAAACAGAAAGUGAAAGUAAAAGGGAUUUAUCAGAAGUCAUGUGGUUCAUCAGAGCAACCGACAUAAUUUAAGGGAGGAGAAGGUUGCUGUUGAUUCAUUUUGCAGCAGAGCAGCAGCGACAGCAGAAUGGCUCAACACCGUCAUUCUAUUAUACGUCUACGUGAAGAGGAAAGGAUUAAGGCAAAACGUGCUGAAGAGGAAAGGAUUAAGGCAAAACGUGCUGCUGAAAAGGCAGAGUCUCCAACUCUGGAUGAACCGUGGAGGGAACUAGACUGGGGAGAAAAACAGGAGAACCUUAAAUAUGUGCAGGAAUACAAACCAGAACAAGAUGACAUCAGGUACCUCCGGGUCCUCCUUUACGGACCCGUCGGAGCUGGGAAGUCCAGUUUCAUCAACUCUGUCAGUAGCGUCCUCAGAGGUCGGAUGACAAUUCCUGCUUUGGCCAGCGCGACCACGUCUGAUAAAAGCUUCACCAAAAAGUAUGAAACUCAUAAAUUCAAUAAAAGACGAGGAAGUGCAAAGACGCUUUACCCUCUGGUCUUCAACGACAUCAUGGGACUGGAAGAUGGAACCAACAGGGGAGUUCAUGCUGACGACAUCAAACUGGCUUUGGAAGGUCAUGUGAAGGAAGGUCACAAGUUCAACCAAGUUGCUCCAAUAUCUCAGGAUGACCCAGGCUACAACCCGACCCCCUCUGCUGAUGACAGAGUUCAUGUCCUGGUCUGUGUGAUGUCUGCCAACACUUCUCAGAUGAAUUCAUCAGUUCUGGAGAAGAUGAAGAGCGUCAGGGAAACAGCCAGUGACCUGGGAAUUCCUCAAAUGGCCAUGAUGACACGUAUAGAUGAAGCCUGCUGUGAAACUGACAAAGACUUAAAGAAUGUCUACAAGAGCAAGUACCUGAGAAAAAAGAUGAAAGACUUCAGCUCAGCAGUGGGAAUCCCAGUGAACUGCAUCUUUCCUGUGAAGAACUACAGUGAAGAAAUCGACAUGAACGAUGACAUUGAUACUCUGAUCCUGAGCGCUCUGAGGAAAAUGGUCGACUUUGGAGACGACUUCAUUGAGAAGGCGGAGAUGGCUGCAGUGGGGGCUGAGGACAACAACAUGGAGGUCAACUACUCUGCAGGAGAAAAGGAUCACAAAGCAGCAAGUCUGCCAGAAGGGCCCAAACUGGAGACUGCCCUCCAGAUCUACCAACCUGGAAACAGUCACACUGAACACCUCACUCCUAUGGAUACAUCUGAGUCCCCCCAAAAAAAGACAAAGCAAAACAAUGAGUCGGGAAAAGAAACCAAAGGAUCCAGGGCUGAGAAGUUGAUGAAAUGUCCAAAGUGUAAAGCUGGGAUUUCUCCAUCUGUCACGUUCUGUAAGCAGAAAAAUGACCAGUGUGAAUUCAGUAUUGGUCUGCACCAGGACAAUGGAGAUGACCACACUGCCUUGUUCGAGGACAAGUUAACCUUCACAGAACAGCUUGCAGAUAUCAAGAAUAGCAAGCCAUGUCCCAACUGUAAUCACAGUUUUCCUGUAAAGCACAGUGUUGCUAGCAGGACUAAUACGAUGGGUGGAUUCAACAUUGAAUUAUCCAUCAAUAUUUCUAAGGAGGACAAGCUGGAAGGUGAGACUGUUGAAACAUCAUCUGCAAUGAUGGACAACUUGGGGAUGGAGCAAGAUGACGGGGAUGAGAGUUCUUCAGAAACGUCAACAGGAAGUAACACUGAUGACCCCUCUCUAUGGACGACUUUUAAAAAUUGGCUGCCUAAGAUACCAGAUAAACUACCUACUCUAGCGAAACCUGAGCAAUCAAAUCAAACCACAAACAGUGAAAAGCGGUCUUUUUCCAGCCAUUUCAAACCUCCAGCCCCAGUGGUGAAGGUUCACUAUACUCCUACCAGUGAUACGUUUGGUGCUGAUACUGCCAUAAUAAAACAAUUGAAGAACAACUUAAAGUCAUCAGUACAGUUGGAAAAAACAACCAGGAAGAACUGCAACAUCAUCAUUGUCUUCUGUCCAGUUGGCCGCAAUUAUGAAUCAGAAGUAAAGUCUGCCAUGGAAAAGGAAGCAGUCUCAUCAUCUGGUAAACCAUUCAUUUUGGUUCUGAUGCAUCACACCAGAGACCCGGACUAUUCCACUGCAGGAUGUGACGUCUCUGAAGUGCUGAAAAAUGUGUUUUAUGUCCAUGUUUUUUACCAUGAGAAUAAACCUGGAUUACUGGAAUGUUCACAAAAUGCCCGAGCAAUCAAAGUAAUUGAAGACGUACUUCUCUGCCAGACAUAGAGAGCUUCUGCUUUUUAUCAGUUUUGUUUUAAGUGCUUUAAUUUAUCGACACCUUUCAGCAGAGACCACAAUUGCAUAUUUGAUGAUGGAAUAAAAGAGGAAAAUCUAAAUCUAAAAUUACUGAUCUUCUGACUGUAAACAGCAAUUUUUUUUCUUCCAGUUAUUUUCAAUUCUGUGUUUUCUGAAUGCUUAGUUCUGACAGAAUGUAUUAUAUAGCGAACUACAAGUUUGUUCUGAUUCUACGGAGGUUUAAGGCUGAAACUAAUCGGCAAAUAAAAGAAAACAAGAACAGAAGAUAAACAGGAAAUGUUCAUCAACUUCAUGCUGUUAGGCUGCAGUCAGUUUCCUGUUUGCUGGAUGAACUUCCUGUGAUGUAAUCCUACUUCUCUGCUCAAACCCUUUCCUACAGAAGGUUCCAAUGUUUUCCUCAACCUCAAAUUGAGAAACUUUAAAUGUUAUGCAGCUAUGAAAAAUAAACAAAUGAACGUUGUAGAAAUGUAACAUGUAAAUGUUCUACCGGAUUAAGAUGGUGAAUCUUAAUCCGUAUCUUGUAUUAAUUUUCAUUACAGAUGUUGUUACUGGAACAAACCACCAAUAAGUGUCAUGUUUAAUGUUCAUUGGUUUGAUUUCUACAUCUUCACUGUAAGACAAAAAUAUUGCUGAAUAAAACAGAAGAAUUUACUGUUUCA